AUGGCCUCCACCACCAAAGGCAACGCCAUCCCCUCGGCUUCCAAGCUUUCAGACCUCUUCAGCCUCAAGGGUAAGGUCGUCGUCAUCACCGGCGCUUCCGGUCCUCGAGGCAUGGGUAUCGAAGCCGCCCGUGGCUGCGCCGAGAUGGGCGCCUCAGUAGCCAUCACGUACGCCUCGCGGGCCGAGGGCGCUCAAAAGAACGUUGCCGAGCUGGAGAAGGAGUACGGAAUCAAGGCCAAGGCCUACAAGCUGAACGUAGCCGACUACGCGGAAUGCGAGAAGCUGGUCAAGGACGUUAUUGCGGAUUUCGGCCAGAUUGAUGCUUUUAUUGCCAACGCCGGCGCCACAGCCAAGUCGGGUGUCCUCGACGGCUCCAAGGAGGAAUGGGACCGCGUCAUCGAAACGGACCUCAACGGUACCGCUUACUGCGCCAAGGCGGUCGGCCCGCACUUCAAGGAGCGCGGCCGCGGCUCCUUCGUCAUCACGAGUUCCAUUUCCGGCCACAUCGCCAACUACCCCCAGGAGCAGACAUCGUACAAUGUCGCCAAGGCCGGCUGCAUCCACAUGGCCCGGUCGCUGGCCAACGAAUGGCGCGACUUUGCCCGUGUCAACAGCAUCUCGCCCGGUUACAUCGACACCGGCCUCUCGGACUUUGUUGACCAGAAGACGCAGGACUUGUGGAAGAGCAUGAUUCCGCUGGGCAGGAACGGCGAUGCAAAGGAGUUGAAGGGUGCCUAUGUUUACUUGGUCAGCGAUGCCAGCAGCUAUACCACCGGCGCGGAUAUUUUGAUUGACGGUGGAUACACUGUCCGCUAA